AUGCCUCGUCCGCGCGUCAAGGACGAAGACCGCAAGCGAGUAGCCAGGGCAUGCGAUACUUGCAAGCGUCGCAAAGAGAAAUGCGACGGGCAGCAACCGUGUUUGUUAUGCAAGCGACGAGGUCGAGAACCUGAAUGUGUCUUCACCGAGGCUUACUCCAAGAGAGUCUCGCAUAAGCAACGUCAUCCGUCGCCGUCACAUCCCAUCACCCUGAAGGACGCCUUGAAUGAGUCCAAUGAUGCCUCCAUUGCCAUCGAAUCGCUUCUGACGUUGUCUGGUUCCAGAAGUGCUCCCAAGUCUCCCCAAUAUGAAAAAGACAAGGAAGAUCUGGUCUCCAGAGCUCCGGUCCCUAAGCUCGCUCGAUUGCUACGCGACGGACGCGGCAAGUUCAUCUUCGUCGGCGAUUCGAGCAACUUGGCAUUUGUCCAGAACAUCCGACGCCUGGUCAAAUCGGAGAUUGGAGAAUGUCAACUGACAUCGGACCCUCUUCGACAUGCAAUGUGUGAAGUGAUACCACCGCACAAGGUCCCAACUCCUCUACAGUCUCAGUAUCCCAAACCGAACCUGGCCGAGGCUCAAGAUUUGGUCAAACAUUACCUGUUGGCAUCCAGUGGCGUCAUCGACUUGUUCGAUCCGGACGACAUCACGGAACACCUGUGUGCAUGGACGCGUGAUUCCACGGCCGAAACGGAUUUCAACAGUUCAAUUUACUAUCUGGUUAUGGCGAUUGGAGCCUUGACCCGAAACUCGAACGAUUUGGACCAAGCGGAAUUUUAUUUCCUGCGUGGCCGAGAAAUCGGGGUUUCGAGUUUUUUGGAGGAUCCCAGUGUCCUCACCAUUCAAGCGUAUGCGCUGAUCACCUUCUACAUGUUAUCCGCCGUCCGACGAAAUGGCGCAUUUAUGUUGCUCGGUAUUGCUGUCCGCGCGGCGUACGCGCUGGGCUUGCACCGAAGCGAUAUCUCCAAUUUGUUUGAGCAGCGAGAACGAGUCGCUCGGGAAAGAGUAUGGAAGAGUUUGCGGGUCCUCGAUUUAUACAUGAGCGGCUCACUCGGUCGACCGCCAGCAACAUCUGAGGUCGACGGUGGAAGUGUCUCGUGGAAUCGAUCCACCCGGGACUACGAAGACAUUCAAAUGAAUGGACGAAAUACCUCAGCGACAUUGAGGAUAUGCUUCAUCUUUGAGCGUAUUUUGAACGAAGUCUACUGUCGUCGAGAAGUCUCCGUCCAACUGGUGGAGAGCAUUUCUCGACAAUAUCGCGAUUGGACCAUGCAACUCCCAACCGGUCUGCAAGCGGACAGUCUGGAUCAAGGCGGAGGUUCCACGGCUCCGACGUUGCGACAGACCAUCGGCAUCGCUCAUCUCAAAGGGGCAUAUUAUUGGUCCAUCAUCUUGUUGACCCGACCGUUCUUGAUCUUCAAGGUCUCCUCCAAGAUCAAGGGCCGGUCGGACGACGAAGACAGCGCUGGAAACGCGGUGACCAUGACAUUGAGUGAGGCGUGCAUUGAUGCGGCGCUGAGGGGUAUCGAGAUCGCCACGGAUCUGGUCCAUACGCCGGGAGUCCCUAAACGACUAUUCAUGAUCACCAACAGUACUUUUAUUUCGGCCAUGGUCAUUGGCUUUGCCAUAUUCGGCGACUUCGACAAAUCCUUUCCACUUCUCAGCAGUAUUGCUCAAGCGGAAGCUAUCUUGACGAUCAUGGCCAAGGAUGACCUCUCGGCGCGUCGGCACUUUGAAAUCACCAGUUAUCUGCGUCUUGCCGCCAUUGAGCAUAUCAGGAGACGUGAUCAAAUGCAAAUGCAGAGGCGCAGGCAAGACAUCCACAACAUCUUUGGUGACCCCGUCAACAAGAGCGCCGGCAGCGCCAGGUCCACUCGACCGACGACCGGAGGUCAACCGCCCAAUCAAACUCCCGUCUCGAAGAGUCCCCAAACCAACGGAGCGGGUAACUUGGAUGGAUCAGAGGCAAUGGAAGGUCCGCCUCCGCCGUGGCAAUUGCGAUUCGAUAUGCCCGCCGAGAGUCGUGGCCCAGUGUUGACAACCUCCGGAGCAUUGGCCGGCAACGGUGAGGAUUCUGGAGAACACAUGUCACCAUUGACGCGUCCCGAUUUUGCUCAGGUGCCGGAAACAGACUACCUCUCGCCAGAUGGGUCAGGAAUUCCGAGCCUCCCAUCAUAUGCUGAAGAAUUCCCACUCUUUUCGUUGAUGACAGAGUUUGACCAACUCCAGGAUCCAUUUUCCAUGGUCAGAACCUAA